AUGAUGCGCGCAUCCGUCAUUGUUGUCAAGAGAACGGCUUCAUAUGGGUCGCGCAACUGCUCCUCCCUGAGAGAUAGAGGGAAAGAUGUGAGGAAUCCUCAUUUCACACCUCUGAGGUCCUUUCUUGUCAAAGUGACAUUGGGGUAUUUGGGAUACAAGACUGGUACCGCGUUACACUCCCUCCCACUCGAUUCAAAAAAGGAGGAACUUGUAAAACGUAUACAAGCCUCCACAAAUGACCACCGUAUGGAGAAACAACGUGUGGAAGCUUCCCGAAUCUGGUUGCGUAAGGAUUGGCAAGACAUGAAGAAACUUCUGGAUGCGGCACUGAGAAGGAAGAAGACGGAAUAG